GAUAUUUUCUAACGAAUCAUGUCCAACUGCUUUAUCAAAAUCUGUUCCACUUGAAUAUCAUAUUUUAAUUUAUCUUUUGACAAUAACAAAUGACUCAUCAAUAGCAUCAUAUUGAUUCCCCACUUUGCUAAAAAAAACUUUCUUUUUUUCUAUCAAAAAAAAAAAUAUAAUAAUAAUCUCAUCAGCAAAUUCAUUUUAAUAUUUUUUUAUCACUGCCUUUCUUUGAAUCAGUAAAUAAUAUUGUUAUCCAAACUAUUUGCUUCAUCAAUAUGUCAAAAAGAAUAGUUGGUUAUUUUGGUAGUUGGUCAGUGUAUCGUCCAGAUGAUGGUAACUUUCAAAUCAACAUGAUAGAUCCAACUAUGUGUACCCAUUUGAUUUAUACAUUUGUUGGUCUUGGUGAUGGCAAUGACAUCAAAGUUCUUGAUCCCUGGGCAGACCUAUCAGAUGGUGGAGGUAAAGAUGGCUUUAAUAAAUUCAAUCAACUUCGUAAAUCAAGUCCAGGCACCAAGACACUUAUUGCCAUUGGUGGCUGGAAUCAAGGAUCUGAAAAAUAUUCACAAAUGGCAAAUACUGAUGAUUCACGUAAACAAUUUGCUAAAAAUGCUGUUGCAUUUGUUGAAAAAUAUAAUUUUAAUGGAUUAGAUAUUGAUUGGGAAUAUCCUGGACAACGUGGUGGCAAUAAAUGUGAUGUUAAAAAUUAUAUUGAGCUGUUAAAAGUAAUGAGAAUUGAGUUUGAUAAAGCUGGUCUUAUUUUGAGUGCUGCUGUUGCUGCUGCUGAAUCAUCAGCUUCACAAUCUUAUGAUAUUCAAGAGAUGUGUAAAUAUCUGGAUUUUAUCAACAUCAUGACAUAUGAUUUAAAAGGUUCCUGGGAUUCAAAAACUGGCAUGAAUGCAGCACUAAAACCUGGAAAUGAUGAAUUUGGAAAUGAUCGUAAACUUAAUGUUGAAGCUUGUGUUGAUUAUUGGCUCAAGUCUGGUGCACCAAAAGAUAAAUUAAAUCUUGGUGUUGCAUUUUAUGGAAGAACAUUUACUUUGUCAAAUGAAAAUGAUAAUAAAGUUGGAUCACCAGCUUGUGGACCUGGUGCAGCUGGACCAUAUACCAGAGAAGCUGGUAUGUUGGGUUACAAUGAAAUUUUAGAAAAAUGUCAAAAUGAUAAAUCAUGGAAAAUUACAUAUGACGAAGAACGAUGUGUUCCUUAUGCUGUCAAUAAAAAUCAGUGGGUCAGCUUCGACAAUAUCCAAUCGAUGGAAAAAAAAGCUGAAUUUAUUAUUGAACGUCAACUUGGAGGUGCAAUGAUUUGGAGCUUGGAGACUGAUGAUUUUCUUGGUAAAUGGGGAAAUAAAUAUCCACUUCUUUCAACAUUAAAUCAUGUUCUUAAACGCCAAUAAUUUAUUGUUAAAUAAAAACAAUUUGAUAUAUUUUUAUAAAGUGUUGCUGAAAAAAUAAA